GGUUGGCAAAGAACGUGGUGAACGCAGCAGACCAAAAUGGCUUCCAAUAUCGAGCCUUGCCAGGGUUAUUUAUGUCACUUUGCACCCACCCUCGCUUGCGUAAACUUGAUUUCGUGUCGGUCGCCAGCAUUCACCAUCAUUGGCUACCAAUCUUCGAACCCGUUGCUAUAUGAUUCACGUUCGUUCUGCUUUGGCCGUGAUUCACAACCCGAGCACUUCACAGACUUGUCUACAUAUGCACAUGCUGUCGCGCGGACAUAAACAUCCUUUGAAAGGCCCAUACUCUAUCGCGACGGUUUGAACAAAAGAGAUAGUCCUGGCCAAGAUGCGUCUUCUGCCUCUGCUUCCCUUCCUUUUAGCGCUCACCGCCCUAAUCCUGGGUUUCCUCUCUCUCUUCGCCGGCUCCAAGCCCGACUUUCUGGAGUCCUACUCCAUCCUGACGCUAAACGUCUCGCGGAUUGGACAAAACAUCAUUGACAGCGGGUCCAGCAGCUCCUCUAGCUCAACCAUUGGCUCUUUUUUCCACAACUUGACCGGUGACAUCGUCAGCGAGCUCGAAGGCGAUAUAAACAACCGGGCCGCCUCCCUCGCAAAGGACUUGGGUCUCCAGGAUUUCUACUCGGUCCAUGUGAUGGACUACUGCCAUGGAUUCUACGUCCCUGGAGCGGUCAAGAACGCAACUGUGCACGAUAUAAAACGCAACGUGACGGGCUGCUCGAAGACGAAGGCUAUGUUCGCCUUCGACCCGACGCAAGCGCUCGAGAACUCCCUCAAUGCAAGCGGCAAACUUGGCGGCGAGACAGCGAGCAAGGUCCUCGACUCUAUCGACUGGCCGCAGGACCUCGAAAAGGGUCUGCGCGCACUCAGGGCCGCGUUCAAAGCGCAAUUUGUCCUCUAUUGCAUCGCGUUGGGCCUUACGUUCCUUACGAUGCUCUCGUGCUUCUUCUGGCUCUUCAGCGGCGGGCGCGCAGGUGCCUGUGCCGACAUUACCAUGGGCUUCUCCGCAUUCCUGUUCAUGGCCAUAGCCAGCUCGAUAGGAACCGCCAUCGCUGUCAAGGGCAGCCACGUGAUCAACAAGUACGGCAACGACAUCGGUGUCAGUGCAGACCAGGGCUCAGGUUUCUUGGGCUUGACCUGGGCUGCGACGGCAUGCUUGCUCUUGGCCUCUAUUGUGGGAUGUGCUGGCUGUUUUGGAGUCCACAAGCGGAGACGAUCGCUCAAACCUUACCAAGGAGAGAAGUGAAAGAUGGAGGGGAGAGAGAAGAGAGAGAGAGAGGGGGGGGGAAGGAGAAAAUGGCGAACAUCUUUUCUUUGUUGAUAUGAGUGGCAUUUUUCACUUACGAAGCCCUUUGCGGGACUUAACGACGACCCAUUGUUCUAUACCCAUCGAUAGUAUUUAUAUAACUCGUCCCGGCAUCGUGACCGGCACGAGGAAGAAUCCAAAUCGCUGUACGAUCUUAA